ACUGUCUCUCUGCACAACUCUAAAAAUUUGCGACAAUAUUGGCGUGACAAGGGGCCACGCGAAAUUUCUCUUGUACAGAAUGAGAAACUGUCCGCGGUGUGAGAAGAAAAAUGUGCUUUAGCUGCAGUCACCGUUCCGCAAGUCAGCUUCACCCAACGCUCGCAAGCGUAAGUAUGCCUUGAGCUACCAUGGGCAGCUGUAGCACAUACCGCAGUGCAAGAGAGCUGCACGUCCUCCCCGACUGCGGCGAAAAUCCGGUCGGCAACAGCUCGGAGAACUUUGAGGACGAGUACUCAGUUCGUGUAGAAGUCUACGACACAGAGGUUACCGCCACAAGUUCUACCGACAGCUCACCCAUCAUCAAAAUUUCAGGAUUGCACACCACAGGAGGCGUCGUUCGCUUGUGCAGCUCAACCCACUUUCUCACCGGCAACAUUAUACCCACGCUUCGACAACCCUUGCAGUGCAGGGCUCUCUGCGUGUCCAACAACAGGUCCCUUCCCAACCUACGAUACCACGGAAAGUGGCACGACCUAACACCCGAGCGGAUAUCCUCCCCAGAGAUCCUAUACAAGGAGCGCAAGAGCAGCGGUACGUUGGCACCAGAACUCGUAAAUGAAACCGAAACCCACCACCUGCACCACGCGGAUGAAUCAUCCUUAAGACAGCAAGCAGACAUGCAGAGGGGUCAUGCGCCACAGAAACAGAGAACUUCAUGUAGGACGUUUAUCGUACGGCGUAGUUUCCCUCGAGAAUUAUCUGAAACAGUAGGUGUGCCAAAGCAACCUCCAAUCGCUCCUGCUCGGAAGCCAAAAGCGACAGCCAAUUUUCGACAGCACGCGGUAUUUGAAGACAAAAAGGCUGCAGCGAAAUGUGUGUGUGCCGAAGGGGCUAAGGAGCCACAGUUCAGCCUUUUUGCUCGAAACGAAUGCUCGCGCAACACGUGGGACAAGGAAGAUUGUCCCAAGAAGCUGUUUCACACCAAAGUAGAUAGAAGUUACCAGUGCCCACACCCGUGCAGUCUCAGCUGUGACAGAGACGUGAGCAUAAGUGCUUUUAACUUCAAGCAUCCUUGUUUCUCGGAUCAAGCUUCCUGCUUCCCGCUGCAAGAGGUACAGAAUGACUGUUCCUCGUAUUUCCAGAGUGCUGAGAAGCGCAAGAACUCCCAGACAGAUCUGAACUGUAUCGAAGAGGUUGUCACAACGCGCGUUGUGCCAGCCGCCAGCUUGCACCGUUUAAAAUGUACGAACCAGCGUGCACAUCAGAACCUCGAGAGCUGCUGCCUUACAGAAUGCAGCACGAUUCAUGGAACCGCUAGACACCGGACGAAACGUCGUACCACGCUCCACUGCGACAAAGUUCAUCGCGAGUGUCGCUGCAAGUAUCAUGGACACGACACGCUUGGAACAUGCAGAAGGGCUAAUGUUCCACAAGAAUGUUCGACAAGAAAUGUUCCAAUAGUCGGUGGUCGACAACGUGCCAAGCAAACUGCGCACAAAGCAACGCAAACUUCACCGCCGGAAGAGUCUGUGGCCCCGAUCUUGACGUCUCUCAUAGAGUGGCUCACAAUCACGUGUCAGAAUUUUAUGUCUCGCUUCUCAAACAUGGCAGGGGCUGAAUUUCUGCACGGCGAAAACCCCUUGCACAUCACGAUUGGGAAAUCCUUCCAGAAUCUUCUUGCCAACGAUGCUUCGUUCUGGACGAAUUUGGUCAAACAGAUCCACGACGGGAUAACGGGCCACACCAAGCAGGGCGCCGAACGUCGACAGUGCCGCGGGAGACCGCGGAAGUGUACCGUUCCGGAUUCGGACGUCAUCGUCAUGGCCGCAAACGUUGCGGAUAAUUUGCGUGCGGAAGGGAUGAAAGGCGAGGGUGAGCACGUCACCCUGAAGUGCUGCGAUCCCAAACAGGUCUUCGGGCAAGGACAGUGUCCGCCUAAGCGUACGUUAUCGCGAGUAGACCUCUCAACGUUGCGUGGAGGACAGGCGAGCGUCGGAAAAGUUGCAUCGAACGAGAGGGUUGCGAGAAGGAAGUACUGGUCCUGCCUGAAGUUCUAAAGGUGGAAACCUGAACAGGCCACUUGUAUAGACAAUGUGCUUUGGUAGCCUGUUCAGCCUUGCUCUACAAAUUAAGAGCAAAUUUUGGGUAAACUGGACAGAGCAUUCCAUAGACUGUGAGCUGAUCAGGCAAAUAUUUUGCUAUCUCUCUAUAUGAAAAUAAACAUUAAAUACCUUCGAUGCACCCCACAA